AGCCACUCCAAACUUCACAACGCCAUUCUUUCACUCAUCAGUCUCUCGUUUGGCAAUCGACAAAAGAUUGUCUACAUCCUACCAGCGCUCGACUCGGAACUUCAUACAUAUACCCACUAUGGCUUUAAGUAACGGAGCCAUCAUCGUUAUCGUCAUGGUCUGCUGCGGCGCAUUCACCUGCUGUCUAGGAGCAGUAGGCUGGAUAUACAGACGACAAGACUCCGAUGGACGAGGUAUAAAUUACGGCUGGCGACCAACCAAUACUCAAUCCGACUACAUGCGAGAUAUUAGGCAGAAGAAUCAAGAGGGCAUGUUCCAUGCUGCGCGCUACUGCGAGAGGACUUCGAAUUCGCAACCUCCGAGAUCGGAUCUUACAAGCGACAUCACGAAUUUCAGUUAAUGUGAGACUAUCAGUCCCAUACUUGUGGCUUAUCUUCACACCUCUCGAUCACAUCUCUUUACUGCCAACCCGCUUUCCAACCCUACUAACCAUGCCUGAGAAACAUGACGAUCUUUGCGGAUGGGAAUCAGAGCUCUCG